AUGUUUAAUGAUCCACUUGUCGGUAGUUUGAUUGUUGGUGUUCGCUCUGCUUCUGCUACUUCUACUGGUGACCGUAAUGGUGGUGGGGUGGUUUUAAAAUUGGUAUUGAUGACUGUGGUAGUAGAAGAUCGUUACAACCUGAUGCUGUUAUUACUUUUACCGAUACCGAUGACGGUAACGUCGAUGACGGUGAUGAUGGUGAUAAUGGUGAUGACCUUUGUUGGUUGA